AUGGCUGCUCCUACUCCUACCGUUGUCGAUGAUGAAUUCCCGUUUCACCUGUUGUCUUUCUCAGGUCAAAGAUACAUUAUUGGAGCGAUGACAAAUAGUCAGUUACUACAAUAUUCAUUGAUAUCCGAGUCCACUAAAAACUUCGCGAAAAAUUUGAAACGUGAGGCGACAUUCAUUUCAUUUGCCGUAUAUUGUCACCACCUCAACUUCCCGCCAGACUUAAUUGACAAGAACGAAAUUAGGCUUAACUUUGAGUUUCCAAGUCUCGAUUAUUAUGUCCCACCACGCAUGUCAUUUACUGUGCUUUCCACCAAUGAAUAUCAAGUAGUUUGCAAUUUGGAGAAAGAGGAUUACUCGUGGAAGGACUAUAUCUGUCACAUCUCAGAAGUUUUUAACUGCAAAUCGAUUAAGCUAUAUUUCGGCCGCGGUGUAUUUUGCCACUUCUUUGAUGGCUUUGAUGAGUUCCUCGACGGAUUUGAAGUUACCGAACUCGGAUAA